CUCUAACACAUGGCCGAGGCCAAAAAUGGAAUCGGUUUUGUUCCUCAGCUUUUGGUGCUGUGCUGUGUACUCUGGGAAGUGUAAAGGGUGUGCGAGUCUUUAUCUAGUGACUAAUGUGAUAAAAAGCCUUAUCUUUCCUAUUUAUAGAAUCUCUAUUAGAUAUAGGUUAAUACAUCAUCAUCAUGGGUUACUCCAAGUGCAUACUUUUAACCAUUUUAAGUGUGUCUACAGCCUUGGCUCAAGUUCCACAAAGAUUCACCGCCCAAAACCCAUGCAGCUCGAAAGGUACUUGCCAGGACUGUAUCCAGACUCCUUCUUGUGCUUGGUGCUACGAUCCUGAGUUCAAGGGUACUGCCAGGUGCUUCCAACCGUCCUUCCCAUUGACCGUCAAAGAAGAACAAUGCAAAGAGGAGUACAUCCACAACCCUGACAAUAUCAUGAGCGUCAUCUCGAACGUUAAAUUGACCAGAACCCACUCGAAAGCAAACGAGGGGGGUUUCCAUUGGGGUACCGGAUUCGAGGGUUCCACGAACCAGUCCUCCAAGACGGAAUAUCACGGUUCCUCGACGUACGCUUAUACCGAGGGCGGAGGACAUGGCGGUGGAAUCGUACAAGUUGGUCCGCAGAGGAUCAAUUUAAAGUUGAGAGCCAGACAAUCAUACAGUGUAUAUAUGAGUUAUACCCAAGCCGAAGACUACCCGGUUGACAUGUACUAUCUUAUGGACCUGAGUAGGUCGAUGUUGGACGACAAAGAGAAAUUAUCGUUAUUAGGAGACCAGUUGGCCUAUACUAUGCAGCAAGUUACCUCGAAUUUUACCCUGGGGUUCGGCAGUUUCGUCGACAAAGUGGUGAUGCCUUACGUUAGUACUUUACCGGAAAAUUUAAGGCAUCCAUGUAGUGACUGCGCCGCCCCCUACGGUUACAAGCACGCGAUGACUUUGUCUCAAAACACCUAUCAGUUCUCACGUAUGGUGAAAGCGGCAAACGUGUCGGGCAACUUGGACGGUCCGGAGGGCGGUUUCGACGCAAUCAUGCAAGCGGUCGUGUGCCGUAACCACAUCGGUUGGAGAGAGAAAGCGAGACGACUCCUCGUCUUUUCCACUGACGCUAGCUUCCAUUAUGCCGGAGACGGAAAAUUGGGCGGAAUCAUAAAACCGAACGACGGCAGGUGCCAUCUGAGCCGCGACGGUUACUACAGCGAGUCUUCGUAUCAAGACUAUCCGUCCAUCGAGCAGAUCAACUUGGCGGUAAAACAAAACUCCAUUAAUGUAAUUUUCGCCGUCACUGCCGCUAGUAUAAGGGUGUACGAGUUGCUGACGAAACAUAUAGAGGGUGCCUCGGUCGCGAAACUAGAGAAGGACAGCUCCAAUAUCGUCGAACUGAUUAAGGAGCAAUACAAGCAGAUUUCUUCGUCGGUCGAGAUGAAACAUAAUGCUUCUAGUGCCGUUAGCAUUCGGUUCUUUAGCAAGUGCCUUAAUGCUACUGGUGCCUCAGUCAAUACCAACAAAUGUGGAAACAUUAAGGUCGGUGACUUAAUAGACUUCAGAGUCGAAAUAGAGGUACUCAAGUGCCCGAAAGAGCGAAAAGACCGUUUCCAAACCAUCCAAAUCUACCCUGUCGGCAUUAACGAAAGCUUGAUCGUCGACCUCGAAAUGUUGUGCGAGUGCGACUGCGAAAAGCCCGGAGAUAAGUACUACCAAGAGAACGCCCCCGCGUGCCAUUAUCAAGGCACGUACAAGUGCGGCAUUUGCGAGUGUAACCCGGAAGCGUUCGGUAGACGGUGCGAGUGCAGCGCCGCCACCAAACUGACGAAAACCACCGGAUGUUUUGCGCAAAAUAACACGUCGGGCGUGGAAUGUUCGGCACGCGGUACUUGUAUUUGUGGAAAGUGCGAGUGCGAGACCAGAAGCCCGCCAGAGCGUAUCUACGGCGACUAUUGCGAGUGCGACAACUUCAGUUGCGAACGACACAUGGGCGAGUUGUGUAGCGGCGAGACGCACGGCACCUGCGAUUGCGGCACGUGCCGUUGCAAACCGGGUUGGGCGGGGCCGAAUUGCGCCUGUCAAGAUUCCACGGCCUCCUGUUAUCCGCCCGACGUGAUCGGCGGCGAGAUUUGCUCCGGCCACGGUACCUGCGUAUGCGGCGAGUGUCAAUGCGAGAAUACGAAAGAGAGCCGAUAUUCCGGGAAAUUUUGCGAAAAAUGUCCCACUUGCCCGGACAGAUGUUUGGAGUUUAAAGACUGCGUGCAGUGCCAAAUGUACCACACCGGACCAUUGAAAGACGAUUGCAGCGCCAACUGUACCAACGUACCAGUACCUAUUGGCGUAGAUACCGUGAAAGCGAGUGAGGAAAACAACGAAUACCUCUGCCGUUACACUGACGAGGAUCAUUGCCAAUUUUCAUACGUUUACUACUAUGAUACCGAGAGGAAACUACAUAUCAAGGCUCAAGAGCAAAGAACCUGCCCGCCAGAGAUAUACGUUUUGGGUAUCGUAUUCGGAGUAAUCGCCGCAAUUGUGUUGAUCGGAAUGGCCAUUUUACUGUUGUGGAAACUGUUGACGACCAUUCACGAUCGCAGGGAGUUUGCCAAAUUCGAAAAAGAACGUAUGAUGGCCAAGUGGGAUACCGGUGAAAAUCCGAUUUACAAGCAAGCAACUUCGACGUUUAAGAAUCCGACUUAUGCCGGAAAAGGUUAAUCGCAAUCGCCCGACUGAUUUUACACAAAAAACCUUUUUAUUUGAUUCAAUUUGUAUAUACUAAUAACACAACACCAGAAACCGUAAAACAUUGCCAAGAAAGUCUCUUGAAAGAACUGCCAUACUACUUUAAGUUUUUUCUGUGCUAUUUACUAUGAAAGACUUAUGUUUAGAGGGCAAUUAUUAUAAGUGUGUUUUUUUUUUUAAAUAAAUAUCUGUGCCUUUUUCGGCCAGAUCAUGUAGUUCAUGUGCCUAAAUACAACAAAAAGUGUCUUAUAAAACGUGACUUAGAAAGUGUGUUUUUUUUGGAUAUAGCGUUUAGUAUAUAACGCGCACGAAUGUUAGAUUAUAUAUAGUUAAUUUAGUGUGAAGCUAUAAUUAUAUAACACGAAUCUAAUUUGUUAAGCUUUAAUACUGUGUUAGGUGUAAGUAAAUCGAAGACUAAUAUCAGAUUUUUAAGUACUUAUAUGGUAGUUAAUUAUUGUUUUAACUAAUUAAUUUUUUUGUAUUUAAACCCUCAACCAAUCGUGUCGGGGAUUUCGUUUUUGGCCUUCAACAAUCACAUUGUUUUUUAUUUAAGUAAAUGUAUGUGUAUUAUUUAUAAUAUAGUAAAAAAAUAAAAUUUUAUUAAUUCCAUAAA